AUGAAGAUUUCGCGGCUCCGGCGAGCCCUUUUGUGGCUGCCUGCGGCGCUUCUGGCGGCCAAGUUCCCCCAGGCCGCAUCUGCAGAGGCUGUCGUCCGUAGGCUGGGGCGCGAGGGCCGCAGCAGCAGCAGCAGCAGCAGCAGCAGCCCCUACGGGCUGCGGCCCCACAGCGAGGGCGGCGAGAGGGGGCCCCCCGAUGGCCCAGACGCGCAGAGCCGGCAAAGGCCCAUUCUCGAGUUGGCAGCAGAACUCGCUGAAGUGCCUCUCUUCCCCCCCUCUGUCUUGGACGCUGCUGUGCGGCGCGUCGUCGAAAUUGCCACCGAAAAGUCCUUUGCUGCCCAGCAGCAGCAGCAGCAGCAGCAGCAGCAGCAGCAGCAGCAGCAGCAAACGGUGCUGCCGGGGCCCCCCAAACAGCGCGCUGACGCAGACGCAGCAGCAGCGGAGGCCGCCGCGCAAGCAGCAGCGCUCGCAGAGGCAAAGGCUUCAGAACUAGAAGCAGCGAGAGCCGAAGCAGCAGCGGCAGCAGCAGCAGCAGCAGCGGCAGCAGAGGCUGAAGAGGCAGCAGCGGCGGCAGCGGCAGCAGCAAAAGCCGAAGCCGAGGCGUCGGAAAGGGCAGCCGCAGCAGCAGCAGCAGAAGGGGCCUCAGCAGAGGCUGCAGCCGCAGAGUCUGCCGCAGCGGAAGCUGCCGCAGCAGAAGCUACUGCAGCAGAGGCUGCUGCAGCAGAAGCUGCUGCAGCAGAAGCUGCUGCAGCAGAAGCUGCCGCGGCGAAAGCUGCUGCAGCAGAAGCUGCUGCAGCAGAGGCUGCCGCAGCAGAAGCUGCAGCAGCAGAAGCUGCCGCAGCAGAAGCUGCCGCAGCAGAAGCUGCAGCAGCGGAAGCGGGUGGAGCUGGGGGCUCCGCAGCGGGCGCUGGAGCAGGUGAGGAGGGCGGAGCGGCAGCAGCAGAGUUUGCAGCAGCAGAGUCGUUGGGGGCGGAGGGAGCAGCAGCAGCAGCAGCAGCAGCAGGGGCUGCCGAGGACGGCGAAGGCGGAGCAGCAGCAGCAGCAGCAGCAGCAGGAGAAGGUUUGGGCGUCGGGGGAGAGCCGUUGGAGGCGUCUCCCCCCCCCGCAGCAGCAGCAGCAGCAGCAGCAGCAGCAGCAGCGGAGGAGAGCGGGAGCGUGGGAGGGUCUUCGUACCCGCUGGGCCUGUUGGGUCUUCGUCGCGGGGGAGCGUUGGAGUUGGAGACAGUCUCCUCGCUGAGUCUGACGACCGAAGCGGGCUCGAGCGACUUCGCGCUGCUGCCGCAGCAGCAGCAGCAGCAGCAGCAGCAGCAGCAGCGGCGGGGGCUGGUGACGGGCCUCCCCGCCGCCCCGCUGCAGCUGCUGCAGCACCUGGUGCCCUUCGAGGCCUGCUCGCAGCGAGUCCAGGGCCAGUUCGGGCCCGUGUCAGUGCUGCUGAUCUCGCAGCUGACGCACCACCGGCUGCGGGCGCUGCGGCGGGGGGCUGUGGCCCUCUGGUGUUCUCCGAAGCAGCAGCUGCUGCACGUGGCGCUGCACUUCGCGCCGCGGAACCCGCUGCUGCGGCUGCAGCACUGGCUGCAGCGGCUGCUGCUGCGCCGCCGCGCGCCGCUGCUGCUGCAGCUCCCGCUGCCCCCCACCUGCAGCUGCCACCCCCCGCAGCUGGGGCAGCAGCAGCCCGUCUUUGCUGCUAGAGAGGAGGCCCCGGGGGCCAUAGACGCGCUGCUGCUGCGCUGCCCGCUGCCAGAUGACAGGGAGUUCCUGCUGCAGCAGGCCCGGGGGGACUUGUGUCCCCUGCCGGCCCCGCUGGCUGCGCUGGGCCCCGUCGCGGACUUCGCCGCAAAAGUCCGCAAAAUCGGGCCUUGUCUCUUCCGAGUUGUCGCCAAAAAGGUCUUCUCCGUCAGGGCCUCGCCCUCUCUCUUGACGCUUCGGGGGGUCUUCGGGGGCCCCCAGGGAGACCGCCAAACCGGGCUCCAGAUCGACCUCCGCGGGGGCCCGGGGGCCCCCGGGGGGCCCCCGGG